UCUAGUGUAUUUAUAUAACUCGUUGAACAGAACCACGCGGACUACUUUGUAUCUCUCUCUUUUUUAAUGAGGUUUCCCUUAAUCAUUCGUCAGAAGUUGGAUCAAAACAUUUUUUUUCCGUAAGGGGGAUUUCAGUCACUCGUCUAUUUAUUCAAGUUGUGGAAACUCAACUAGUUGCGAUCAGUUCGUGAACUUGGAUCGCGUCUUGCCGCUUUACACUCGGUUCGGGGUUUCGGGAGAGAACUAGGAUGUCGGCGGUGAAAGCGCUGCAACAGUGGUGUAAGAUCCAGGUUCAGGGUUACAGAGAUGUCACUAUCACCAAUAUGACCACUUCUUUCAGGGACGGGAUGGCUUUCUGCGCCCUCAUUCACCGAAACAGACCCGACCUCAUUGACUUUGAUUCCCUGAUGAAGGAGAAUGUCUAUGACAACAACCACCUGGCGUUCCGGGUAGCGGAGGAUGAGUUGGGGAUCCCAGCUCUGUUAGAUGCUGAGGACAUGGUGGCCCUGAAGAUACCAGACAGACUCAGUAUUCUGACAUAUGUCUCACAGUACUACAACUACUUCCAUGGCAAAUCACCUAUUGGCGGCAUGGCGGGGAUAAAGCGUCCAGCGGAGGCAUCCACAGAAGAGGGGCCUUCUGGGAAAAAGAACCAAGCAGUUGUCUCCAAGGUCUUCCCCGCCUCUACCCCCUCUAAAUCCGCUACUGAGAACCGCCCUCCCCCCUCCUCCUCACCCAAAGCCUCAACCAGACCAGACAGGGCAGCACAGAAGGAUGUGUUGUCGGAGCGAUCCAAUAAGACGGGGACUCUGAGCAGUAAGUGUUCCGUGUGUAAUAAACACGUUCAUCUGGUCCAGAGACACCUAGUGGAUGGGAGGCUGUAUCACAGGAGCUGUGCCAGGUGUAGUGAGUGUUCCACCACUCUACUGUCUGGUAACUGUAAACCGGGACCAACACCAGGCUCCUUCAUCUGUACCUCCCACCACCAUCCCCAGGGGGCGCUGCCAACACACACCCCUCUCCGAGACCUGCCCAAAAACAACCCUACCACCCCUGCUGAAUCCAAAUACACCUCUCACCCUCCUCCCACUGUCAAGACCACCCCUCUCUCAUACCUGCCCAAAAACAACCCUACUACCCCUUCUUCCUCCAAAUACACCCUCACCCUCCUCCCACUACCACCUCUCCAGGAAUACCCCCGGAGCCAAAUACACAGACCCCCGAAAUCCACCCCAGCUCCGACACCCACCAGUACCCCCUCCAAAUUUGUCCCUAGCUGGCUGAGCUCCAAAUCAGACGGAUCCAAAAGCACCACCCCCUCUGCCUCCUCCUCGCGGCCCAGCCCGGGGCUCUCCUCCCUGGGCAUAGUGAGCCCUGCAGCCCCUGGACCCACCGCAGUCCCACGGAACUUCAACACGACUUCAACUACCCAGCAGGCCCGGCUCCAGUUCUUCCAAUCUGGGAACACCACCACUGGGCAGGAGAACCAGGGCAAGACCCAGACUCCGGGACAGGCACCGAGUCUACCCACAAAUAGAUUCCCGAAAGCUGGCACACAGGGGACAGUAGUGGGGGUUGGACAGGGUGUGAGUGUGGUAGUGAGUUUGGGUGGCAGUGGGGUAGGGGGUAAGGGAGAGGGUUCAGGUGGGGGUAAGGGAGGGGAUAAGGGUGUGAAUGUGGUGCUAGGUGGGGACAGGGACGUGGUUCAGGGUAGAGGUAGAGUUGUCUUCAAGGUGGAUGGUGAUGUGAAAGCCUCUCCAUCUAAAGAAGACUGCAGUACCAAGACCCAGGCUGCUGCUGUCAUCACUAAGAAACUAACAGACAACAACACCCCAACAACAGCUGGUGCUGUCAUCACUAAGAAACUAACAGACAACAACACCACAACAACAGCUGGUGCUGUCAUCACUAAGAAACUAACAGACAACAACACCCCAACAACAGCUGGUGCUGUCAUCACUAAGAAACUAACAGAGAACAACACAAACACAGCUGGCGCUUCAAGUCCUCCGUGGCAUCCUGUAGGACUGAAGAAGACCGAGAACAGAUCUCCCUCUCUCAGACCUGCCCCUGCUGAAAUGCCUAAGAAAGAGACGGAGACUCCUAAAAAGGAGACUGGGGGCAGAGUUAAGCUAAAAGCAGACCCGUCUCUCCUCGCCCCCCUCACCCCCAACACCUCCACCCCGACCCCAGCCAGCAGAACAGGCCUGUGGAACAAAACCCCGGAUAAGGCAUCCGGAGCUGCUUCUCCCAGCAACACUAUGGCAACAGCAGACAACAGCAGCUCUCCUGCUGACUGGCGAUCCAGACUCAAACCUGCCUCCAAGCCUGUAGGACCUAAAGACUCCUCUCCCCUCCACCCUGACAUUCAGAAGGCUGAAACCCUGUCUCGGCCCUGGGCCGGUGGAUCAGGAAACGCCCAGGCUUCAGUCCCUGCUGUGUCUACUCUGGCCCCCUCCAGCCCCCCCAGAAGCCUCCUCACCCAGCCCGCUCCUCUACCAGGCGUCCUGACAGGGAAGAGCUCAACGACAGCUAACGGCUCCAACACAGACACCAAGACACCUAAACCAAGUAAACCCGACUACAUCCCGAAGGAAGAGAUCCUCAGAGAGCUUCAGGAGAUAGAGGACAGUGUUAAUGAGUUGGAGAGGAAAGGAGUGGACCUGGAAAAACAACUACGCUCCUGUGAAGAGGAGGGAGAAGAGGACGUGGUGAUGGAUGACCUGAUGGUGGAAUGGUUCAACCUCAUCAGAAACAAGCAGGUGUCCAUGAGGAGAGAGUCUGAACUGGUCUACAUAGCUAAGACACAGGACUUGGAGGAACAGCAGCCCAGUGUAGAGCAGGAGCUGAGGAGACUCAUGGACAAACCUGAGCGGCUGAAGACGUUGUGGGACCGUCGUAGAGAAGAGGAGUUGAUGGUCAAGCUGGUGGAGAUCGUCAAUGACAGAAACGCCAUCAUAGACGGACUGGACGAUGACAGACUCAGGGAGGAUGAGGAAGAUGAGCAGCUCAAUAAGAUGAUGAAGACCCUAGACACAAAGAAAGAAAAGAAGAAGAAGUCUAGCUUUAAGUUGUUUGGUAGGAACAAGAAGGAGGGAUGAUCCCACAGGGAGGAACUCUGGGACACACUGUUACCCUGCUUGAGAUGUGGUUAUCACUGUUACCCUGCUUGAGAUGUGGUUAUCACUGUUACCCUCCUGUGUGUGUGUGUCUGUAUGUAAUGUGUCUGUGUGUGUGGUUUGUUAAUGUGGUUAUCACUGUUUUGAUUGUUGAUGUAUUGAAGUCUGUUAUGUCUCUGGUUCAUGUCUAUAGUACCCUCCUGACAUGGACCAGAGACCUGAAACCCAGUAUAACACUACACCACACGGUGUCUGUAUGUAAUGUGUCUAUAAUACCCUCCUGACAUGGACCAGAGACCUGAAACCCAGUAUAACACUACACCACACGGUGUCUGUAUGUAAUGUGUCUAUAAUACCCUCCUGACAUGGACCAGAGACCUGAAACCCAGUAUAACACUACACCACACGGUGUCUGUAUGUAAUGUGUCUAUAAUAUCCUCCUGACAUGGACCAGAGACCUGAAACCCAGUAUAACACUACACCACACGGUGUCUGUAUGUAAUGUGUCUAUAGUACCCUCCUGACAUGGACCAGAGACCUGAAACCCAGUAUAACACUACACCACACGGUGUCUGUAUGUAAUGUGUCUAUAAUACCCUCCUGACAUGGACCAGAGACCUGAAACCCAGUAUAACACUACACCACACGGUGUCUGUAUGUAAUGUGUCUAUAAUAUCCUCCUGACAUGGACCAGAGACCUGAAACCCAGUAUAACACUACACCACACGGUGUCUGUAUGUAAUGUGUCUAUAAUACCCUCCUGACAUGGACCAGAGACCUGAAACCCAGUAUAACACUACACCACACGGUGUCUGUAUGUAAUGUGUCUAUAAUACCCUCCUGACAUGGACCAGAGACCUGAAACCCAGUAUAACACUACACCACACGGUGUCUGUAUGUAAUGUGUCUAUAAUAUCCUCCUGACAUGGACCAGAGACCUGAAACCCAGUAUAACACUACACCACACGGUGUCUGUAUGUAAUGUG